ACAUGACAACUAUACUAAAUAAAAGAGUAAGCAUGAAUUAAGAUGGUGGGAAUACUCAAAUAUUGAAUUAGACCCUUAACUCAAAAACCCAUGAAGUUAGUUUAAGUAUAUCGAUUUACCUUGAACAUAAUAUGAGUCAUAGGAGAAUUUUAGCAGAAUAAUGGAUUUUAUAAUUUAAAAGUAGUAACAACGGAAAUAUGGCAUGUAGUAAAUAGUGUAUAUUUGAAAAAAAUUCACUAUGUUGUAUGUCUACAAAGAGCUCUUUGUAUUAAAACUAUUUAAGUAAAUAAUAGUGUUAUGAAAACUAUUUACUUUAAAUAGUUAUUGAUCAUAAUGUUAAAAACUAGAAUUUAGAAUUAUAUAAAUGUUAUCAUUUAAACAUGGAGAAAGACUUAGAAAUAAUUGGUCGUUUCCAUUAACAUUUGAAUUUGAGUCAGGAGGUAGGGAAACCAAGAUCAUUAUCAUUUUAAGAAUAAACAAUGAUUCCAAAAUAAAAUAAUAGAUUGGUGAGAUUUAAUUCUGAUUAAAUCAGAACACCUGAGAGAAAGGUACUAAUGUAUUCAGUUGAGGAGGAAGUGACAUUUUUGAUAGAUGAAAAUUAGGUGGAGAGAGUAAUGAGUUAAAAUUCUGAUUCGGAUUAUAUGAUAUAAACAAUAGAAGAAGAGACUGAUGUAAGUGAAUGGUAAGUUAUAGAUCAUAAGCAUUUACUUACUUAUGAUUAAAAGAGAAUGGUAAAUUAAUUGAAAGAGAUUAGAAAUAUAUUCAAUUCUAAGUCCAAACAUAGUCAUUAGAUAUAAUAGACUUUAGAAUAUAUUUACUGAAG